GUACGCUCGGCUCGCGAGACGACGCACGUACACGCGGCCAACACACGUAGACGGUGAGCCGCAUCGGCGUGUAUCACGUUCGUUGACAACGUUGUCAGUCGUGGUUCGGUCGCGGUUCGGUCGCGAGUCGCCGUCUCAGCGAGUGUCCGUUCCGCUUCGCGAGAACCGAGAGAAAGAAUUCGCUUUUCAAUUUUCCCGCUGAUCAGGGCAGGCUGCUGAUCUAUAUUGUCGAGGCAACAACACGUCUGCCUACAGUGUACACCUUCUACCUCAAGUUCGCCUAACCAUGGCAGCGCGCGAGCUGGUGAUAGCGGCCCUGGCCGUGUUUAUCGCCGGCUAUCUGCUCAUAGGAAAACGCCGACGAUUCGUUUACGCGCUAUACAAGACCUUGCCCAGAGAUGUACUGGGUGCGUACAGGUUCAUCCGUGUCAAUAUCCUUCUAUGGUGGUGGGAAACGCGGCAGCUCACGGUGGCGAAGGUGUUCUCCAGUUACGCGACCGCUCAUCCCGAGAAAAUCGCCUACAUCUUCGAGAACAGGGAAUGGACCUAUCAAGAGCUGGAAGAGUACAGCAACCGGCUGGGGCGAUACUUCAUUUCGACGUCAUUGACCAGAGGGAGCAGGGUCGCUUUGAUCAUGGAAAGUCGUCCCGAAUACGUGGGCACGUGGCUUGGCUUGAGCAAGGCUGGGUACGUGAGCGCGCUCAUCAACACGAAUCUUCGUCACGAGGUGUUGGUGCACAGCAUGAAGGCGGCCGACUGCAAGGCAGUGAUUUUUGGCGCGGAGUUUGCAGAGGCAAUCCGUGACGUCAAGGACAAGAUCCCGGACCUGACCUUGUACCAGUGGUCGGAACUGUCGGAUACGGAGUGUUUGGAGGGUGCGAUCGAUCUGAACACAGAAGUCCGCAAUGUUGAUCCGGCGCCUCUCGUCGAGGAGCUAGCUCGCGGUACGCCCCGCGAUAAAUUGAUCUACAUCUACACGUCGGGGACUACCGGCAUGCCAAAGGCAGCAGUCAUCACCAAUCUAAGGUACAUGCUGAUGUCGUGCGGAGUUUACUACAUGUUAAACCUGCGCUCGACCGAUCGAAUUUAUAAUUCGUUGCCACUCUAUCACACCGCGGGCGGAUUAAUCGGAGUUGGUCAGUCAUUGUUGAUGGGCGUGACGGUGGUGCUACGAAGGCGCUUCAGCGCUUCCAAAUUCUGGCCGGACUGUGUCCAUUAUGAAUGCACUGUCGCUCAAUACAUCGGUGAAAUAUGCCGAUACCUGCUCAUGGUCCCGCCGAAUCCCUGCGACAAGAAGCACAAGGUUCGCCUGAUAUUCGGGAACGGGCUCAGACCUCAUAUCUGGAAGCCCUUCAUCGAGAGAUACAAUGUUACUCAAAUAGGCGAAUUCUAUGGUGCCACGGAAGGAAACUCCAAUCUCGUGAACAUCGAUAACAAAAUCGGCGCCGUGGGAUUCGUACCACUCUGCGCGGGCUCCCUAUACCCAGUGGCUCUAUUGAAAGUCGACGAGGAAACUGGAGAACCCGUCAGAGGACCUGACGGCUUGUGCGUGCGUUGCAAACCUGGCGAGCCAGGCAUCUUCGUGGGCAAGAUAAACCCAAAGAAGGUACUAAACGACUUCUGCGGUUACGCGGACAAAAAAGCGUCCGAGCAGAAGAUCCUGCGCGACGUAUUCCGGAAGGGCGACCGUGUCUUCAAUUCUGGUGAUAUUUUGGUAAUGGAUGAAUUGGGCUACUUCUACUUCAAGGACAGGACCGGUGACACCUUCAGGUGGCGUGGCGAAAAUGUGGCCACCUCGGAAGUCGAAGCAAUCGUUAGCAACGUGAUAGGGCUGAAGGACGCGGCCGUUUAUGGCGUUGAGAUACCUCAUGUCGAAGGGAAGGCCGGUAUGGCAGCCAUUUACGACCCGGAGAAUACAUUGAACAUCAAGGAAAUGGCGGAAGGAGUGAAGAAAGCACUGCCGUCUUACGCCAGGCCUCUUUUCGUUCGGGUUUUGUCGGAAUUGCCAAUGACUGGCACGUUUAAGUUGAAGAAAAAAGAUCUCAAGUUGGACGGUUUCAAUAUCAAAAAGAUAACGGACACAGUGUAUUUUCUGGAUAACAACGGCGUUUACGUGAAACUCACGGAACAGCUUUACAAUGACAUCCUCGAGGGCAGGGCUCGGCUAUAAAACGAACUGAACUUUUCUAGGAACGAUGGUUUAAUUCCCGAUUUUUAUACAAUGUCUAUUUAUUGAUAGGGAGAAGGGGGGGAUACGUCGAAUCGAAGUGUUAUCGAUCGAUCAAUUGUCUUUCGGCACGACGGAACGUUUAACCAGAAAUUACAUCGAGAAGAUUGCAUUUAUACAUAUUUUUACACCUUCGUCCCACAGUCCGGGGAAUCCCGCAGAUCUUCUCAAGAGGGCCUGUGAUCCGCUCAACCUCAUAUCCUUGUAGCAUACUAAUUGUCCCGUGUAAUACCCAGUUCCCUCGAAAACUUUUUAACGGUAAUUGUAGAUAAAAUACUUCGCGAAGAGAAUUCCUACAUAGAGAUGUUAAGACUAUCGAUUAUUUUGUAAGGAGAAAUCCCGAGGACUGCGAUUGUAGAAUGAACGUUGUAAAAACGAACGACAGAUCACAUUUUAAUAAAUUGUUCCCUGUUAA